AGGCGCCCCCAUCCGUGUCAUGUCUUCUGAGGAGGGCAGGGCGCCGCUAUGCAACACUAAGCGAGAUCCACCGAAUCCGAUUAUGAAUCCACAUUCAAUUCUCAUUCAACCAAGAACAAAAACCAAUGAGUUCCUUGUUGUGCUGAAAUCGAUAUCCUUGAAAGGAUUUUUCCGGCUUUGGGGCACUUUUAUCGGACAAUUUCCAUUCGCUUUUCUCAUAUCGGGUCUUAUUUUAUGUUCUUUAUCAUGCGGGAUUGUAAAGCUUCAUUUACGGGACAAUGUUCGAGAUGGUUAUACACCUCGUACAUCACGGUCUCGGCUAGAGACCGAUCUUUACCGCGAGUUUCUUGGGUCUCAAGGGGACCCCGCCAUGACUACGGUAUUAAUGCUGGCCAAAGAUAAUGGCUCCAUGCAUCGGUUGAAUUAUCUGCAGGAAGCCGUACAAACCAUGGUGCAUAUCUCCAAGAAUCUCUCCGCUACCGUAUCUGAUGGUAGUACGGUCACCUACAGUAACUUUUGCGGACAUUACUGUGAUUCAAAUGUGGUUGUGGGAUAUUUUCUCCAAUCACUCAUUCAAAAAACCUUGAACCCGGGAUCAAUGUCAUUACAACUGACUUAUCCCAUUGCUGAUCUUCGGGGCAUUAAAUUGCAUUUGGAGCGCAAUUUCUAUGGCGUCAAGACUACAAACAACUAUAAUAUCACAAACAUUGAAUACGUCAAGCUCAUCUCCAUGUCGUUUAUGGCCGAAAUGAAAACAGCAGCAGAUACGGAACGACUGGGGGCUUGGGAAUUAGCCUUAUUUGAUUACUGCUCUAAUUAUACCUCAAACAAUGAUAAUAUGCUAGAAUUACUGGUCAUCGGUGCUGAAAUUGUCGACACGGAAAUGAAUAAAGAUGGACAACGGAUGUCACCGUAUUUUGCAACAGGAUUUUCUAUUAUGUUUGCCUUUGUCUGCAUCACCGUCUGUGGUUCUUCGCUAUAUUUCAACCGAUUACGGUGGAAUACGGUACUCGUUGCCGUCAGUUGCGCUAUCGUGCCAGUUUUGGCUAUCACGACCACACUUGGGCUCAGUUCACUCGUGGGUAAUCGAACCAAUUCGCUCAUGCUUAUCAUGCCGUUUUUGAUCAUGGGCAUAGGUGUGAAUGACUCAUUUCUCACCGUGCAUGCCUGGUUACGUCAGCCUCUGCGACAGUCAGCUGCAAUACGGUUAGGAAAAGUCCUUGGCGAGGUUGGUCCAUCGAUUACAACCACGACGUUGACCAAUGUCGUAACAUUCCUUAUUGGAUGGUUGACGCCAACUGAAGAAAUAUCAAUUUUCUGCUUCGGUAGCGCAAUGGCAUUGGGUUUCGCUUACAUAUAUACGGUGAUCAUAUUCUGCCCGAUUCUAUACUACUGCUCGCCAGAAGAAACCAAAGAAGUUCCAGAAGGAUGCUUCCGACGGAAGGGCAAGCGCUUCUUCCGUGCUGUUCUUCACGGUUAUAGUCGGUUUCUGUCCGAUCGGCGCGUGGCCAUAGUACUGUUCAUUGGCACUUUGGUCUACUGGUACUUUGGUAUCAUGGGCACCGUUAGCAUUACAGCCAAGCUGGAUACGGAGAAGAUCCUUCCGAAGGACACGCCGAUUCAUCGACCGAACCGAUUUGUGGAGAGCAUAGUCUGGGCCGAAUAUUAUCCCGUCACCAUUAUCGUCAACAGCCCUGUUGAUAUUCGCGAUGCUGACAAGCUCAAUGAGAUCAACACCUUUGUGGGCGAAUUCGAAUCAUUGCCAACUUGUCGAGGCUCUAACUUCACCAUGUUUUGGCUACGAGAUUAUACCGAUUACUACUGGGGAGUCGGUGUCAAUGAUUUCGAUUUCUAUUUCGAUGCUGAUGAGUAUCCUGAUGAGAAAGAGUUUGGAUAUAAGAAGCUGCCUGGCUUUUUGGGAAAUCCUCUCUAUAAGCAUCAUAAGGCUUUCCUUAACAUUGAUUACAACAAGACAGUCACUGUUCGCAAAUUUUCAUUGAUGGUAGUGUAUGAGAACAACACAUCAUGGGACGACAGAAUAAAUUUGAUGCUCAAAUGGAGAGCUAUUGUUGACAGAUAUCCAAACCUCAAUGCCAGCGUUUGGAACGUCAACGCCAUGUUUGUAGACCAAAUGCUCAGCUUGAAGAAGCUAACCUGGCAGACAUGUAUGUGGACGCUAUUCUGUAUGGCAAUCGUUUGUACCAUCUUUAUCCAAAAUCCGGUUUCUGUCGUGAUGGCCACGACCGCUAUCGCGUCCAUAAGUCUUGGAGUUAUGGGAUAUCUCUCAUUCUGGCAUCUUGAUUUGGAUCCGGUAUCGCUUUGCGCUGUUCUGAUCAGUAUCGGUAUGGCAGUGGACUUUGUCGCCCAUACUACCUAUCAUUUCCAGCUAACAUAUCGUGAAGCGAUUCGAAAUGGGCAUGAGGUGCGAGUGGAUCUGAACACACCAUAUGAUCGGAUGCGUAAUACUAUCAGCAAUGUCGCUUGGCCCAUGUCUCAAGCUGGAAUAUCCACAGUCAUUUGUAUUCUCCCCAUUGUGGUGCUUCAGAACUACAUCCCAUUGGUGUUCGUAAAAACAAUCACCCUUGUCGUUAUCUGGGGUUUAUGGCAUGGCCUGGUACUUCUUCCAGCAUUCCUUUCUCAGAUUCCAUUGCCCCUUCUUAACUUCAACUGCUAUCGAACGCUGGUCAGCGCUCGAGCAGAUGGUAGCGGCCAGGAGAUGUCACUUUUGGAACCGGAAUCUACCCGAGCAUAGUCCCAGAAUUUUCCCACCUCUAGGAUUUGCGUAUUGAUUGUUUUUUUUUUUGUACAAAGCGUUGCAUUCUGUUGUUUGCCCUUGUGCGACUUACACCACAAAAGUCGCAACUUCUCACUAUUCCCCUGCAUUAUCAUCUUAAAUCAGAUGAUAUAUCGAUGCGCCGAGUCCCCUUAUUCGCCAUCCACUCUAGCUAAGCCUCGAAUCUAACUCACAUUUCUCUUCUUUGUUGUAUAUGGCCUUUUUAUGUCAGGGAUCUGAUGGGCAUGACCCGCUCUACUUACAAUAUUCGGAUACAGAGUAUUUUCUAACGAUUCAGUUUCCUUGUUGUUUCAUGUUGCACUCUUGCCUCACUGAUUGUUUCUUUGUAACAGACGCUCGAAAGUGUUUGCUUUGCUCAUCGCUACUGCGCAUAAUCCACAAAAAAAAACUCUAAAAAACAUAUACUUUCCUGAUCUCCGCUAACCUCGUUUUUCUCUUAAUUUUGUAGAUCAUGCCAGUAAUUCGACCCAUCAGGUCUUUCUACAAAAGUAUAUUCGUUCGAGCGUCUCACUACUGUGUACUGCACAGCAGUACGGGUAUUGUACAUUCUUAUAAUGUUGCUAUGUUUUAUGAGAUUUUCUAGACACUCACAAACUUUCAAGGUGGUAUGAGUAUAGUAGUUAUCAUUAGAGUCAAGCCUCUUCCAAUCUCUAAAACAUCCUUGUGAGAUAGUCAGCUUUAGUGAGAUGAGAUCAGAUGAGAUCUUGUCGGCGUUACCGUAUGUGGUACGUUUAAUAUGCACAAAAUAUAAAUAAAUGUCUGUAAAUAUACAUAGCUCACUUUCUCUGAAUAAAUUGUUUUACAUUCA